CGCCGAUCGGUUGUCUUGGAUGCAUUUUGGCAGUUGCGCACAGUAAACUUAUGAAAGAGCGCGGGUUGAGUUAUAAAUUAAAAAUAGGGGUGUAGAAUAAUUCAAACGGAGAUGCCAAUCUCGGUGUGCCCGUGCAGUGUUUUGUUAACCAACAAAAAAGUUUUUAAAAGAGUGCUGUGAUCGUCCAAAGACAAUAUGAUUUUGGUGUUGGUCAGCAAUGUUUUUCUGUUCUUCACAAUGGAGACUAUUUUGGAGUUCGGGAUUUGUGUGGGAUUUCUGUAUUGGGCAUUUCCGAACUUGUUUUCUGAAGGAUUUUCGAGGGUAAACAAAAUGGUGGAUAUAGUGACAAAUCGUAUGUUCGACACUUACAACAGAUUUAGCCCCAGGGACAACAACCAAAAUGAUUCCUUAUCUACGUUGUCAAAUUUACGUAGAUAUUCCAGGGACCAAAAAAUUAGAAAGCAAGUGAACAGAGAGGCUGAACAAAAGACUAGAGAUGCACAGUUAUUUGAAAUCAAGGAAAACAUCCCCGAGGUUGUUCAACAAAAACGACGACCUUUUAUGGGGUUAAGUUGUCAGAACUGCACACUAAGCAGCAGAGAAUCACUGGUGAACAAAACGACGGAAACGUUGGCGCUGACAAACAUCCUCAACUUCAGUCCGCCGCCGUGGCAAGACGGUUUACUCCAACGGAGUUUCUCGCAUCUGACUAAAGUAUACGCCCUGAAAAAGUUCGAGUAUCCUCAGGUGGCCGACCUGGUUUUGCACAACGAGCGCCUGAAAGAUGCCAUCGAAAAAACGGCCGUUCAACAGUUCCAGGACUCGGACAAUAGCGAGGACGAGUUCUAUCAAAAGUUGCUAAAAGCUAACGAGAAAAGAGCCAGGAAGUUGCUGUAUGAUAUGAGGUCCACUUUGUCGGAUUUUUUGCUCAGAUUUACAUCUUGGGUUCUCUACAAGCUGUUGCCAUGUUUCCUUACAUCUGUAGUAGCUCACCCGGGUCAGGUGGAGAUGCUGAAAAAAGCUGGUGAAUCCAACCUACCUCUAAUAUUUUUACCUUUGCACAAAUCUCACCUUGACUAUAUUCUCAUAUCUUUCAUCCUGCUGAACAACAACGUCAGAUCGCCUCUGGUUGCCGCAGGAGACAACUUGAGGAUACCGUUUUUCGGGUCGUUACUAAGGGGUUUGGGUGCGUUCUUCAUAAAACGCCGCAUUGACCCCAUACAGGGUCGUAAGGACCAUGUUUACAAAGCCGUCUUGCAUACGUAUAUGAAUGAAUGUCUCAGAGCGGGGCACAAUAUCGAAUUUUUCCUGGAGGGUGGUAGAACGCGCACUGGAAAACCCUGCAUGCCCAAAUACGGGGUUUUGAGCGUGAUUGUGGAAAGUUUUAUGGACGGUACCAUAGAAGAUGCGUUGCUGGUGCCCGUCAGCGUAAACUACGAGAAAUUGGUGGAUGGGAAUUUCGUCAGGGAGCAGAUGGGACAACCCAAGGAAAUGGAGACUUUCGGAAACGCCAUCAAAGGCAUUUGGCACGUUUUGAAUUCGAACUACGGGUCUAUGAGGAUCGAUUUCAACCAACCGUUUUCACUAAGGGAGUUGGUGAAAACGUUCGAUAUGACCGGUAAAAUUCCGAAAUCCAAUGUCAAAAAAGUGCUGCAAUCGAAUCCGUCCACCACAAGUCUGUAUGGUACUGAUGUCGUUUCUGAUGAAAAUAAAUCGUUGGUGGAAAGUAUAUCAAAACAUAUCAUAUAUGACUGUGCUCAAUCCACAUCUGUUAUGUCAACGAACGCAGUAUCAUUUUUACUUUUAAACAAAUUCAGAGAUGGCGUUACUUUGGACGACCUAGUCGAAGCUAUGGAUAAAUUGAGAAACGAACUGAAUUUGUGCAGAAGAGACGUCGGAUUUAGCGGCGACUCUAUUGACGUCAUAAACUAUGCCAUCGAAAUCUUGGGCCCUGGCUUGGUGAGAAAAGAAAAACAAAACGAUCAAAUCACGAUCAAGCCCAAUGUAAUGCUUCCAAAUGUUAUAGAACUGGCUUAUUACAGCAACAUCCUAGUAACACAUUACGCUUUGGAUUCCAUUAUAGGAAUAGCAGCUGCUACGAUAGUCAGUACCGACGAUAUUGUAGAUUACGAGGAACUAAUAGAAACAGUAAAAGACUUGUGCAACGUUUUACAGUACGAGUUUAUAUUUUGCAAACCGUGUCAGAGCUUGGAACAAAUUAUUAUUGGUGAAAUUGACGAUUUAAUAGUCAGAGAUGAGAUUUUCACGGUGGAAGAACCAUAUGGAAACUCGAGAAGCAAACAAUUAAUGCAGGACUUUGACAAUGACGAAGACGAGGAUGAAGCGCCUUCGAAAAUAUACAGGGUGAACAGGAAAAAAGAGGCACUGGAACAUUUAAACUUCCAAAGAGGAUUGGUUAUGCCCAUUCUUGAAGCUUACAGCGUUACGGCGUUUUGCUUGAAAAAACUCGACGAUAGACAAUUGCUGGAGGAAGAGUUGGUCAGGGAUAUUUUAGAAGAGAUGAAGGCUCAGUUGGCUUCGGAAUCUUUGACUUACGAUGAAAGUGUGUCGGUGGAUUCGGUCAAGAAUGCUCUGAAGCUGUACCAAAAAUGGAACAUCCUGGAUUGUUACUCGGAGAAGAAAGUGAGGUUAUACUACCUGAAAGAUUCGAAUGGCGACACAGAAUCGAUAAAGAAUCUCUACCAAAGAGUAAAUCGAUAUUUACACACAGCAUUGUGAGAAGCCAAAAGAUUUUUGUAUAGUGAAAUUUAGGUAUUUUUUAUUUUUUAAGUUUGUUAUAAAAAAAGAAAAUAAAUUAUUUAUGUUUUUAUAGUUUAAAUUCUAUGUGCCUUACACGGAUUCCAGAUUUUUUUAUUAAGGAUAUAAAUUAUCUGCAUUAAAAUAGUCUUUUAAACUAUGUUAAACUGUGAUAAUUACCUAGACUAAAGUUUAUCACAAUUUUUUACUCCUAUGUAUAUAAAAUAAAUGAAUUAUCUUAAGUUAAAAUUUGUUUUAUUUAUAAAAUAUAUUAAAAAAUUAAAAAUUGCCUACAAGGUAUAACUUUCAACAGCUUUUAAAAUUUCCUCUGGAUUUGGCUUUAGAGCUGUCUUGCACAGUUUUAUUUCAGUUUUUAAGAUUUCAGCUUCAGUUACAGGUCCCACAGCAAC